GAUAACAUCAACAAAAUCACAACCCAGAGUAGUGUACAUUAUCGUCACGACGACGACAAUAUCACCAUGUUUAGUACCAAUCUUGUCACAAUUUGUGUUAUUUUCACCCCAAUAGUGACACAAUUGGCGGCUCAAACUUGUCAACUCGACCUUCUCGUCAGGCCAGAAACCAUCCCUCUAGUAAUCAAAAUCAACAACAACUCCUACUACUACCCCGUCCCCACCGCCUACGACGACCGACUUCUCGACUUCCUCUACGAAGAAGACGCAAUUUUCGUAUGUCCCGGUGGCCACUUCAACCAACCCGGUUUCAACCCAGAUGGGCAACAUGGGUGGUGUAAGGGUGGCGGGGGUUUCAUGUGCGACUGGUUACUAACUUUUUACCACACCAUGAAUUGUACCAUGAUUGACAUAAUGAGACCUUUUUUAAGCGAGUCGUACGACAACUCGGGCACUAGUUGCCAAAACUCGGACCGAAACAUCCAAGUGGGUUACCAAAUCGACGACGUGUUGGUACCAGUUUAUGAUAUUUGUUUCAAUGGAGAAACCUUGAUGGCCACUUACACCAGACAUGUUCUUACCCGUUUUGCCCCCUUGGCUAGUGUCAUGCGACCACCACCGAGUCACUAUUUCUUCUUGGUUUCUCUUUAUCAAACAGAUGUAGAAGCAAUAUACGACAACUUUGUCACCUAUUUUAGUGAAUUGGGAGUCCAGGACUAUGUAAAUGACACGUACUUUCUGACACCCGGGCACUUGGUACCCUACGAGGACUUUCUGAGUCCGUUUCAGAAGGACGCGGCGUACCACUUCGCCAAUGUUGCGCCUCAAUGGAACACGUUCGACGAAGGCAACUGGAAAGUACUAGAAACCGGAAUUUUGACUUUUAUAGCAAACUCGACAACGUUCGAAGGGGUACUAAUUGUGGGAGACGCCACAGUACUAACCGGUACUUUGAAAGUGGCCACGCUUGCGGGUUCAACUGGUACCACCACAGAACUAUAUUUGACACAAGGACGAUUUCCCGUUCCUCGAUGGUUCUGGAAGAUCAUUUACUUCGCUGCUGUUAACACCGGUGUUAUUUUCUUCGGGUACAACAACCCGUUCGCUACAAAGGGCGACGUCGAUGCCGAAUUUGUAGCAGAAGUGUGUUCCGUUGACGUGUUUGAACUAGUUAGGGAUGAGUGGUACUUGGACGACGUUGAUAAUGGGAGUCCAGGUUUGGGUUUGAUGUAUGCUUGUCGGCUGCACCUGGACCAGAUCCUGGACCCUGUGGUGAACGGUGUUGUCGAUAAUCUUCUUCCAGAGGGUGUUACAAAAGCGGAAUUGUUGUAAAAUGAUAAAUAAAUCUCGACGGUUUAAAA